GGUGUGUGCUCGCCCCGCGCGGUGCCACGUACGGCUGCUGCUGGAAAUCUGAUCUGCAGAGGUGCCCGUGCAGAGCCUGAACACUCGUGUUGACUUCCCAGGGCAUGACAUGGUGGUUCACUCUGUGGUUAAUGCACAGAAACAGAUGGGCAUAAUGGUCCUCCUGCUGUACUUUGGCUUGUCACUGCUGGCAGCUGUCCAGCCCAGCACCACCAAGAACUGCCACCCUGGUUGCCACUGCGAGGUGGAAAGCUUUGGCCUGUUCGACAGCUUCAGUCUGACCAGGGUGGACUGUCGAGGGUUAGGACCCAGCGCCGCCAUGCCCAUCACCAUCCCACUGGACACUGCCCACCUGGACCUGUCCUCCAAUGCCAUGGGCCCACUCAGUGACGCCAUGUUAGCUGGUCCGGGCUACACCACCCUCAUCAGCUUGGACCUCAGCAGCAACCGUAUUACAAAGCUAAGCCCCAAUGCUUUGUCCAAGCUGCGUUACCUGGAGACUCUGGAUCUGAGCCACAACAACCUGGCGAGCCUCUCCUCCAGCUGUUUCUCUGGCCUCCCUCUGGCUGAAGUUGACCUCAGCCACAACAGUUUCCAGGAGUUUGACAUGGAUGUGUUUUCUACUAAAGUCAAUGGUGAACCUGUCAGCUUGGAUCUGUCUCAUAACAAGCUCUCAUCAGUGUCCAUGACUUUGCAUGGAAAAGUUUUACACAUUCAAACCUUAAACCUGUCGGCAAACCGGCUGUCGAAUGUUCCGAGGCUAGCGGGACUUCCUCUGAGGUACCUCAAUCUGGAUGGUAACCCCAUCGUGCAGAUUAAGGAGGGAGCCUUUGCUCUGCUGAAAGAUCUGGUUUAUUUAUCCAUCAGCGGCCUUCAUGAGCUUCAGGAAAUUGAGUCUCACAGCUUCAAGGGCCUGCAGAGCCUCCAAGUUCUGGAUCUCUCCAACAACCACAAGCUGAAGUCUCUGAGCCCUGCAGUUUUUAGCGAACUAGACUCUCUGCAAGAGCUGAAUUUGUCGGGCUCUGGUGUGGCGUCCUUGCCGGAUAACAUGCUGACCCACUUGCCCAGUAUUAAGAGUAUUACACUGGGACGAGGCAUCCACUGCUGGAGGACCCAGAAACAGGGACAGUUUCACCGGCAGCUGGGUCAGGUCCAACACACCGAAGUUCUGAACUGUAACGUGGAGGGCAUAGCGUUGUGAGACUGGACGUGGACCAUUCCUUACAAUCAUGAUGCCAGAGCUGUGCCUUCUUUUUUGAUAUGCAAACGCUUUGUUUUGCAACUGUCUCUGAAUUACCUCUUGAAAUAUGUCUUAAAGGUUUCAUGUAGGCUUCAUGAAAUCUACACAUGCGUAUCAUAAAUGCUGCAACUUUUUAAAACCAUGGCAAAAUGUACAGAGUUUUACAUAGCAAUUUUACAACGAUUACAGUAUACUUAAUCUUAUACUUACAGUAUAGUCUAAAAUGGUAGGAAACUUCUCAUAAUCCAAAACUUUAAGUAAUAUUCAUACUUAAUGUUCUUCAUUUAAAGUGGGACCAUGUUAAGAGUUGUUUGCACUUAUUCCAGUACCAGUCGCAUUUGUUUUUUAAAUAAUACAGUCACACAUUGACAAAAUGUCAUCCAGUGUUAAAGCCUACGAAACCUUCUGUUGACCACUAAGAAUUUUCAUUUGACUUUGAAUGUGAUGAUAAAUGGAAAUGAUUGAAAGGAAUCAUUCAAUAUUUUGGGAAAUGCACAUAUUCGCUUUCUAGUUGAAAGUUCAAAAGACGAAUGAUGUACAUUAGCUUAGCAUUGCACAAAGAGUUGAACCAGAGGCAAACAGCAAGCUGGGCUCUGUCCAAAGAGUUCAGCUUUUGUACGAAUGAAAGAAAUGACUUUUUAACAUUUAUUUUUUACAUUUGAGCCAGACCAAUUUGAGCCUGUUACUGUUCUUUAUGCUAAGCCAAACCAACUGUUUGGUUAAAGUAAAAAAAAAAAGUAAAUAUUUGUCCAGGUUGUUGACUUGUACUCGUUCCGCAGUAAAUAUUGAUCUACUGUGGUCUGAAUGGAAAACAUCAGAUAAAGACUUAACUGAUUAAACUGUAAAACAGAAAUAUCUUUCAUUGUUACAGCCACAAAAUGAUUAUUUUACUGCUCAAAAUUUCUCUUAGAAAUAUUAGCUAGAAACCAACAACUUGUCCACUGCGUUUAGACCAUUUCUUUUCAAUAUGGCACAAGGUUUGAUGCACAUCUUUUGCAAUAUGCUGUGCUCGCUGAUCUGGUUGACCCUUGUCUUGUGUGACAACAGGAAUAAACAAGCUGUGUCCUUGCUGACUUAACUUGACCUUCUGUCAAACCAGAUCAACAAGACACAUGCGACCAGCAGGCUAUGAACACUUUAACAUAUUAAGUGAUGAAGUGAUGCUGGUGUCUGUUGAUGUUUUAACACCCAGCUGCACUGUCUGUGCUGUUGCCUGUAAAACCUACCGAAACAUUCCUGUGGUAUUUCUGAGAGGAUCAGCCUCAAGACUGCAUAUUAGGAUUUGUGACAUUUUGAAAGGCUUAAGUGUUUUUUUAGAUUUUAAAAGGAAUCUUAAAAAAAACAGUUUUAUAUUUUGUAUGUACUGUAUGUAAUUAUAUUGUAUAUAACUUUAUAUAUAUAUGACACAUGUGUAAUAAAUUGACUAUUCUCA